ACGAUAAGUUAAUCGGUAAGUAUCGCUGUAAAAUAUUAAUUUAGUUGCUUUUUUAUUGUUAUGGCCUCUAUGAGGACAGUCCGCCAUGAUGUUGCUGUAUUUUAUCAUAGCCACAUCAGUGGUAAAUGCUCAUAUACCUGACCACUAUGAAAAGUGGGCGGAACCAGAUGGCGGGCCGGAAUACCAUUUAGGCUCACAGACUGCAAGAUUGAGCAUUGACAACAGUCUUGAGAGGCUGACUGCACUGAGACAAGUGUUGACUGAAAAUUAUUUGGACGCGUACAUCGUGCCCACAGCGGACGCGCAUAAUUCGCAAUACAUAGCUCCGUCAGAUGCCCGCCGAGUCUGGAUAUCCGGUUUGGCGGGCUCCUCCGGCACGGCGGUGGUGACCGACACCCAGGCGCUGCUGUGGACUGACAGCAGAUACUUUACUCAGUUUUUUAUGCAGGUGGACACGGAGCAUUGGCAGCUCAUGAGGCAGGGUAUAGACCCACCCAUCAAUAACUGGUUGGCCCAGAACUUGACCGCAAACAGCAGGGUUGGAGUGGACCCUACUACCUACACGCGCACUGCUUGGAACUCUUUGCAGGCGACACUGUCAUCCGCUAACAUAGAGCUAGUAGCGACACCAAAUAACCUGGUGGACAUCGCGAGAACUAACAUCGGGGAUCCCCCGCCGGGAAGACCUAACAAUGAUCUGAUUGUAUUGCCUGUGGAGUUUUCAGGUAGGCUGGCGAGCCACAAAAUAACAGAAUUGUCGGAUUUAAUGUUGGAUCGUGGCGCUACAGCGUUGGUCUUGACUGCUCUAGAUGACAUCGCGUACACGUUAAACAUCCGAGGUUCGGACAUACCGUACAAUCCUGUGUUUUUCUCUUAUUUAAUCAUCAGGACUGAUGUGGACGCACCAAACAACGUUAUACUAUUUUGGGGGACAGGUGUGCUGCCCAGUGAAAUAACGGAGCAUUUGUCUUCAGAAGGACUGCAGAUUGAAACCCGGCCGUAUGCUGACAUAUUUAAUUAUCUGUCUGAAUUCUCUAGUGAAUUACCACCGAGCAGUGUCAUAUGGCUGCCUGACAGUGGGAGCCACGCUAUAUAUACUGCGGCAGAAGCAGGCAACGCCAGUAUCUUAUCAACCCUAUCUCCAGUCUCGAACAUUAAAUGUAUCAAGAACGACGUAGAACUUAGCGGGUUCAGAUCCGCUCAUGUCAAAGACGGAGUUGCUGUGGUCCGCGGGUUGAGAUGGAUUGAAGAAGCUGUCGCCGCUGGGGAGGUCAUAACAGAAAUCGACCUGUCUGACAAACUAGCUGAGUUCAGAAGGGAAGAAGCAGAUUCUUAUGGUCCCUCCUUCUCCACCAUAGCCGGCGCUGGUGAGAACGGCGCCGUCAUCCACUACAGCCCGCCCAGGGAAGGUUCCAGGGUCAUCAGGUCUGAUGACAUGCUUCUUGUGGACUCCGGGGGGCAGUACAUAGACGGAACAACCGACAUUACUAGGACUCGCCACGUGGGCGCGUCGCCCUCCUUCGAGCAAAGCCGCGCGUUCACACGAGUCUUGAAAGGGCAGAUUCUGAUGGCCACCGCUGUUUUCCCGCGGGGAAUUCAAGGACACAGACUUGAGACUCUUGCCAGGAAGGCCCUAUGGGACGUGGGUUUGGACUACGGGCACGGCACGGGGCACGGGGUGGGCCACUUCCUGAACGUGCACGAGGGUCCCUCCGGCAUCCUGUCCGGCCCCAUAGCUACAGACCCUGGGAUCGUUGAGAAGAUGAUAUUCAGCAACGAGCCUGGUUACUACGAAGUGGGCGAGUACGGAAUCCGACAUGAAGACUUGGUGGAAGUCAUCGUGGUCAACAGCACUUCUGACCACAUCAUGGCAGACAGUAUAGUGGGUGACUUCGCCGGCGUGGGAGCCCUAGGUUUCUACACCAUAUCUUUGGUGCCGCACCAGACUGCCUGCCUGGAUGUAGAGCUGCUUACGGAUUUGGAGAUAAAAUACAUAAACGACUACCACGCCAGAGUAUUAUCGACUCUAGGCCCUAUAUUACAAGAGAGGGAACUGUUUGAAGACUACAAUUGGUUGGAGAGGGAAUGCGCGCCAAUCGCGAGGAGCGCCGCCAUUUUGUUGACGUCGUCGCCAUUUUGGAUUGUAGCUGUCAUUGUGUUUAGGUUAUAGAUUAAACAUAGAUAUGAAUAUUA